AUCUGGUUCCAGCUCCAUGGCUCACUCGAUCCUUGGACCAUGUUACGCACAAUCGGCAUUACAAGGGACGCUGAGGAUACUCUGCGGUCCAAUGAUGAAGCCUACCGUCUUAUCGGGGAACGUGUCCGCACAUAUCGAGCUAGGGAGAUCGAGCAGCUCAUGCUGGAGCACGGCCUAUCGGGCUCGAUAGUGCAUUCACCCGAAAGCUGGCGUAACACGCAAAUGGGCAGAUCUCUGGCUCGCCAUCCGCUGGUCAACUAUGCUAGACACGGACAUGGUCCCCCGCCCACGCCCCUGAUGAAGCUGGCCGACAAACGCCCGUUGGCGGGAAUCAAGGUCGUGGAACUGGCUCGUAUUAUUGCUGCGACCGCAACCGGCGCCGCGCUCGCCUCGAUGGGCGCCGACGUCAUCCGCGUGAAUUCAUCGAAGCUGAAGGACUACACUCCCGCGCAGCCUUCCUCUUUGAUGGCGGGCAAGACAACGCUCGACCUGGAUCUGGAUGACCCUGGCGACCACGCGCGACUGACGCAGUUGUUUGAAGAAGCCGAUGUAAUCAUCCAGGGCUAUCGCCUGGGAUCUCUCACACGCCGGGGGUUUGGCUUUGACGCCGCUCAGAAGAUGGCCGAGAGGCGCGGCAGAGGCAUCGUUUACGUGGACGAGAACUGCUACGGCCCGGAUGGUUACUACAGCGAGCGCCCCGGGUGGCAGCAAGUUGCCGAUGCGGCGGCAGGGAGCUCGUACAUCAUGGGCCAGGCAUUCGGAUGCCCCAAGGGACAGGGAGUGCUUCCCAGUCUGCCCAUCUCGGACAUGUCAACCGGCAUUGUGACGGCACUAACCAUCAUGUGCGGACUCCGGGAUCGCGCGAAAUACGGUGGAUCUUAUCAUGGCCAUAGCGCACUGACUGCAUACAACAUGGCGACGCUGGAUCCUGAGGUUCGGCUGUACCAACGUGAGGUCGUACAGAGGAUUCAAGACACUUAUCGCUUCGCCCCGUGGUCCAGCGAUGCGCAUGUUGCGCCUCUGUAUUACAAUAUUCUGAAGGCGUGGGACGAAAACAGCGAUCUCGCGAAGAAGGAAGACUACUAUGUGCACUUCUCUGACUCGGUCUUUGGUGCUGAUCUGCGCGUUCUCGCCCCCGUGGUGAAGUAUGCGAGCGAGGAGUUCACGCCCAGGUGGACCAGCCCACCAGUGCCCUUUUGCCACCACGAAUUUAGAACCUUUUCUCGAGAUUAACCACCUGGUGUACUUCCAGGCCAAGCUAGACUGUCUAUAGUAUUCCCAAUGUCACUCAUUUACCACUUCUGCC